AUGGCAACUUCCUUAAAGGUGGCUGUAAUCGGUGCUGGUGUCUCUGGACUAACGGCUGCUCGUGAGCUUCAAAGAGAAUCCCACCAAGUUGUGGUGUUUGAAAAGUCGCACCAACUUGGUGGAAAUUGGGCCUAUGAUCCACGAGUAGAAUCCGAUCUUCUUGGACUCGACCCAAAUAGAGAUAUUGUUCAUGGAUCUCUUUACAACUCUUUGUGCACGAAUCUUCCUCGUGAGCUCAUGAGUUUCACCGAUUUCAAAUUUAGUGAGAAAAUAUAUCGAGAUGCGAGAAUGUUUCCAUGCCACAACGAAGUUCUAAUGUUCUUGGAAGAUUUUGCAAAUAAUUUUGAACUUAUCAAAUUGAUUCGGUUUAAUACGUUGGUAACCCAAGUUGAGGUAAUAGACUCGGGGAUCACCAAGUUUGUGGUCGAGUCAAAAACAAGUGGGGUGAAUAAGGUAGAGGAAUUCGAUGCGGUUGUCGUCUGUAAUGGUCACAACUUUGAACCUCGAUUGGCUACAGAUAUUCCAUGUAUAUAUAACAUAUAA